AUGAAUAAGAGCAACGAGAUCAGGCCAGAGCUUAGUCAUAUUAAUAAUACAAUGCAAGGUGCAAACGGCCAUGGCAUAGAAAUCUUUGGAAUGGUUAAUACUACACUUCAGUUAGGGAAUGGCAACUUCGAGGUAUCUAUUAUUGUUUGUGAUAUUGUUCCAGGUGGUAUUCUUGGUCAAGACUUUCUUCUCUGUAAUGCAUCAAAUAUAGAUUUUAGAAAACCUAUCAUAUAUACUGAUAAAACACCUAUAUCUUGUUGGAUUUUUGGGCAAGCUGAAGCCAGGUGUAGUGUCCUGACAUACCAUGAAGUGACGAUACCUGCUUCAUCUUUCGUACAAACAUCUGUGAAAAUAGAAAAUGUUGGUUCAUCAGCUAAUCUGGCAAUCAUAAGCACAUCAAAUUCACUAGUAUACGGAAAGACUACGGUAGCUGUCGAAGAAGUUUUAGAGCCUCACACUGAAGAACCUUAUUUUUUCAUUGUAAAUACCAGUGACUCGGACAAAGUAAUACCAAAGAAUGUUCCUGUGGGAGUAUGCAAAUCAUACUACGAAGUGAAAGAUGCAGCUAUAAUUGCAAGUAGAAACAUAAACAUAGGUGCUCACACAGAAAAUGAAAAUAAUGAAAUAUCUACAUAUCUUCAGGACCUUUUUGAUAGAAGUAAAACUGAACUAACAGAUGAUCAAGCUGACCAACUAUCUAAAUUACUAAAACAAUACCAACAUAUAUUUGCUAAAUCAUCAGAUGACUUAGGUAUGAAUAAAUCAGAACAACACAAAAUUAAUACUGGUUCAGCCGCACCAAUACCUCAACCACCUAGACGGCAACCCUUGGGCGAAAGAGAUACAGAAAAGCAAGAAGUAAAUAAAAUGCUAAGUAAAAGUGUUAUUGAGCCUUCGAUAAGUAACUGGUCGUCCCCUACAGUUUUGGUCACAAAGAAAGAUGGUUCAACAAGAUAG